AUGCUGAGUAAAGCCUACUUCUUGAAUCCGAGAUUUAAAACAUAUGCAUUCAGCAACGAAGACAAUUUAAAACGAGUUCAAAAUCAAAUUCAGGAUGAACUAGAUCAUCUUAUAAAAUAUCAAACUGCUAAAAAUAGAAUCUUUAAUAAAACAAAAGAAAAUCUAUUUGACCUAUUGAACAAUACAGAAAAUUUCAAUAUGAUUUGGCAAGAUUUUGAUACAUGUGUAAAACACUGUUUGCAUGUGACAAGUCCAACAGAAGGCGCUAUUGCUGAAAUCAAAGUGUUUUCGAUGUGUCCCGCAUACGCUAAUACUUGUGCCCAUUGCCAAGGUAGAAAACAGAUUCCUGGAGUAGACAGCAAGAAAACACAAAAAUUAUGGAAAGGAGAAAGUCAACAAACAGAAAGUGAGUACAUAAAGUAA